AUGCCUUCUCAAGACCGAGAGCUGGUUCGGCAUCCCGGCGUGCCCACUGAAUCCAGACGACCUUCCAUUCCAAUGUGGGACAGCUCGGAUCCAGAGCGAGCACCUCCUCCUCUUCCAAUGAAUCCACGCUCCAUGAGCCCCGCCACGAGAUCCAAUGUCUCCCCAAACAUCCAGGCUGUCGCGGCCAAGUUUGCAGAUAAGGCAAGCGAAACGGCGCCCAGCAACUACACGAUUAAUCCGAUGCCCAACAAGACUUCUUCCCCAGAACGGUCGCUAGUCAAGGGUCACUACCACAAGCGGAUGCAAUCGCUUCAACCCGCAGACACCAAAAGCGAUGCACGCUCUGAAUUCCUCAACUAUCUCGAGAGCCGGUCCCCAGAGCGACCUCUUCGUGCCACUAUUGUUGAUCCAAUAGACAAGGCGCAAGACAUCAACAAGGGCUCUGAGCCUAGCAGACCGAAGACCGCCGAUCGGGAACUACCGAGCUUCAUGUCCAGCCGGUACCUAUCAAAACCAAUUCUGGGAGAAAGCACUCCUACCUCAGCCACAAUGUUGGCGCUGCAGAAUAUGCAACUCCCCGCCGAAUUGGACCCUCCAUCGCCAUCGAAACCUCCAAAAAUGAUUGCCGACCGUCCAGCGGCAGAGCAACCAAGCCACACGAUGGACACUCUUGCAAAUCAGAUUCACAGCCUGACGGAUAUUGCAAGUAGCCUACAGCGUGAAAUGGCAAACUUGAGUCGACGGAGUAAGGACAAUGCCACCGACCUGAUCAGCCUCAAAGCCGCGACCAAUGCACGAGAUGAAGAUAUUCGAAAGAGUCUCAAGGACUUGACUUCUAAUUUGACUAGUAAGCUACUGGAUGGCGAGCUGACAAGGUUAGAUCUCAGUGCAAUCCUGAAGUCUUCAGAGGGUCCUAACUCGAGUGAACUGGAUAGUUCUCCCAAGUCCAAGAGAAGCUACUCUGCGGCUCGGCUACCAAGUCCCAAUCCGUUCGCGUUCGAUCGCGAUUUGUGUGUGUCGCCAGGACCAAUCACGGAUGGCUCGGCCAGCAUUGCUUUGCUCGAGAAAGUGCUCCGUGAAAUGGCGACAAAAGAGGGAGAGGAGCGACUUUUGGAGCUUGUUGAUGAAAUCAAAUCACGACCUGCCGCAACCGAUUCGGACAAGGACACCAAUAGCAAGAUCACAACGAUGCUCGAAGAAAUUCUCAACCUGGUUAAGGAAGGCCCUUCCAAGAGCGCCUUGGUGCGGUCAUUAUCAGGUCGAGGGAACGGACCAGGCUCCGAUACCAACACGGAGAUCGCGCGAUCAGCGUCUGCAGGAUCUGUGCUCGAUCCGUCCUCGACAAACCGAGCGCUCGAUGUCGCGAAAAACAAUCUCUCGGUACCGGGGACCGAAAGUAUGAUGCCUCUUCUCCAAAGCGUCAAGAACAGCGUCAUGGAAAGUGGAGGCAUGACCAACAGUGUCAAGGCGCUGGUGCGAGAGUUGCGAGGAGAGGUCCUAGGGAUGGGUCGAGACAUCGCCAGAAAAUUAGAGGCUAUUGAAGCAAGUCGGGAGACCGAGGAGUUGGAAAAGCCACCACAAUCGGCGACCCCGGAGGAAGUCGCUGCGGUAGUGAAUGACAGUCUUCAUGACCUCCGUGAUCAACUGGCGGCCACGAUAAAUGAGAGCCGAGAGCACACCUCUGAGCUGUCUCACAUUCGUGCAGCAUUCAACAACAACGAAAUCUAUUCUGCGGUGAAGAAAGCACUUGAUGAGUUCGAAUUUCCCAUGCCUGAACCAGCGCAGCCUCAAGGUCCGGUGAUGGAGAAAGAGGACAUCCUGGAAACAGUUCGCGAGGCCUGGGAGACAUAUAAGCCAGAGAUUGAGCUUCAAAACUUUGGACUCGAGCGUGAUGAGAUUCUGGAGUGUCUUGCCGAAGGAUUGAAGGACUAUCAGCCAAAGCACGAGCAAUCAGUCACAUAUGAACAGGUGCUCGAUGCCAUCCAGACUGGACUUCGAAAUUACACGCCCCCUCAGCUUGAGCUACCGCCAAUGAUCACGAGAGAUGAGAUAAUCCUCACAAUCCGGGAGUGCCUCGAAAGAUCCGAUACCACUGCACGAGCAGGUGAUGAGGAGCAUGCUCAGCAACUCCACUCUAUGCGCGAGGAGAUCCUUCAGGCUAUCGCAGAGAGAGCCACUCCAGAUGAGACCCAUCGAGGAAUUAACGAGGAACACCUCCACCACCUUACUGUAAUGCGGGAAGACAUUCUCCAGGCAAUUGCAGAAAGGGCUGCCUCAGAUGAGGGAUCUCGAGGAAUGGACGAGGAACACAUUCAUCACCUUAAUGCAUUGCGGGAAGACAUCCUUCAGGCCAUCGCAGCGCGAGCAGUUCCGGAACACGUAAAUGAAGCCCUUCGUGACGAGCAUCUCCAGCAUCUCAACACCCUCCGGGAGGAAAUCAUCCAAGCAAUUUCGGAUCGGAUCCCGGAAAAUGGUCCACGAGAGAUAGACGGAGAGCAAGUCCAGUACCUCAACGCAAUGAGGGAAGAUAUUCUCCAGGCCAUUGCUGAGCGGGCAACUGAUGACCCUACAUCAAGAGCUCACGACGAAGAACAUCUCCAGCAACUAAACGCUUUGCGAGAUGAAAUCUUGCAGGCUAUCGCCGAUCGAAUCCCAGACCAUUCCCCCCGAGAACUGGAUGAGGAGCAUCUUCGCCAACUCAAUGCUAUGCGAGAGGAGCUUCUUCAGGCCAUUUCAGAGCGGCCCCCAGUCGAAACUUCUCCAAGGGGGGCCGAUGAAGAGCACAUACAUCAUCUUCAUGCUGUUCGUGAUGAAAUUAUACAAGCCAUCACAGAGCGUGCUGCUCAUAAUGAAGCACCACAGGGUCUGAAUGAGGAGCAGCUUCAUCAUCUCAAUGAAAUUCGCGACGAGAUUCUGAAUGCGCUGACUGGCCCCCUGGCGACGCAAAGUUUGGUCAGCAGAGAGUCAUACGACUCUGGGCUAGGUCGGGAUGAGAUUGUGAGCGCAGUGUCUGACAGCUUGGAGGCUCAUUUUGUAAGCUCCAAGGCGUCAGAAGAGCCGCGUAUUACCCACAAAGACGUUGUGAAUGCUGUCAAUGAUGCGUUCAGCGCACAGCAGAUGGCGUUGACUCUUCCCACAUCCUCCCCUAUCAGCCGGGAAGAGAUCAUGGCUGCAAUCGCCGAUGGGAUUGAGAUGUCACAGAAACCUCAUGAAGCCAGUAUCUCGCGGGAAGACAUUAUGGCUGCCAUCGCGGACGGUAUCGAAAUGUCACAAAAGCCUGCCGAGUCGACGGUCACGCGCGAAGACAUUAUAUCUGCGGUUGCAGACGGUAUCGAAUUAUCACAGAAACCUAGUGAAUCCGCACUUGUCCCCAGUGUACAGCCUUCACUCACCCGUGAAGAGAUCGUUGAGGCCGUGACCGAGGCGCUGGAAAGAUCACAACAGGCAGAUAAAACAGCUCUUAGCACGGCUGUGCAAGAACCAAGUAUCACCCGGGAAGAACUUUUCAACGCUGUUGUUGAUGGAAUCGAGAGCGCCAAUACAAUGACUCGCGAGAUUGAGCUGAAUAAGGACGACCUUAUGGAGGCAAUCAGUGCAGGUCUCCAGGAAGCGAACAGCAACACGAACUCGAACAUUGGCGACCAAGUCAUGGAGCGUCUACAGGAGCUGGUUUCUGGAAUGAAGGAAGAGUUCAAACAGUACUCGGCAGCAAAUGGCAAGGAUACUGAGCAGGUUCUUGAUGCCGUCAAGGAUGGACUCGAAGUAGUUCGACGUGAGAUUGAGUCCUACGUCGCAACUGCUGCGGAAGUUUCCGGAAAACACGAAAUCAUUGAUACCGUGAAGGAUGGCUUCCGUCUGCUGCAGGCCGACCUGGAAAAGACUAUCAACGAUGCCUCGCUCGCCAACGCUCCUCGUGGCAACCCCGACACAACAGAGCUUCUUGACGCGAUGGAAAAAGAAUUUGAGCACUUGCGCGGAACCAUCAGCACACUGCUCCUCCGUGAUAGUGCAACCAGCGACAAAGACGAGAUCUUAGAUGCCAUUCGGGAUGUAUCUGAGCAGAAUAAGGCCAAGAGCGAGGAUGAGAAAAUCUUGAGCACCAUACGGACUGAGUUCGAGAGCCUACGCGAGCGCAUGGACAUGAGCAUUGUCCCCGCCGCCGCCGGGUCUGAGAAGGACGAAAUCAUCGCCGCUAUUCGCGAACAUCUGGACACACUUCGUGAGGAGACCCUGUCUCGAAAGGAUGGCGGAGAAAGCACUUUGUCUGCCACGAGCGAGUUGUUGGACGUAUUCCACGACAACAUGGAUGCCAUCCGCAAUGACCUCCAAAGACUUAUGGAACAACCCGCCGCAUUCGAUAGCUCGGAAAUCAUGGAAACCAUCAAAGAGGGCUUGUCCGAUGUCAAGCAUCAAAUUGAGUCCAUCCGUGUCGCUCAAAAGGACAGCGAGGAGGCAGAGGCUGUCCGUGGUAACGAGCUCAUGCUUGCGAAGGAGGCUUCUUUCGGCAGCGAGAUCGACAGCUUGAAGAUACUUAUUACGGAACUUCAAACCAAGGUUGAGUCGAUCGAUUCUACGCCUCGCAUGGCCGAGGCCCCUGAAGACGCUCUGAAGCAGAGCCAUCUCGAUGAGCUCUUUACCGCGGUGCAGGAGAUCCAAGUGGCCAUGGGUGCAUUUAGUGAUCUGGGUAAAACGCCUGAUCAACACGAGGCGGCAGCUCGCAAGGAAGACACGGACACCAUUCAGGAGCUUUUGAUGAGUACCAAGACUCAACUAGAAGAGAUCAAAUUCCCGUCUCAGGACGAGUUGGCUUCAUCGCAGCACAUCGCUACCUUAGAAGCCACAGUGAACGAGGCUAAAGACAGCAUUGCGGAGCUGUCUGCCCGUCUCGAGGCUGAUGCUCCUACCAAGGCCGAAAUCGGUGCUUUAGAAGGCUUGAUCAAGGACGUUUGGGUCACCCUUGAGGAAAUUAAAACCAAGACCCUCGAAAGGGAACAGGAAGACCCGGAAGCCGACACCGAUAAGCUCAUGAAAUCGGAUCUUCAAACUGUUGAAGCCAUGAUCUUUGAGGUGAAAACCCAAAUUGAUGAAUUGAAGCUUCCUGACGUGGAGACCAUUCCUUCCAAAGAGGAGAUUAGCGACCUAGCGGCUCUCGUGACAGAUUUCCGGGAGAAAAUGGAGGUGAACAACGACUUGACUGCCCAAGGCUUCGAAGCUCGGAAAGUCGAACAUGGUGGCCUUGCUGAGAAGAUUGAGGAGGCAAAGCUCGUCGUUGGCGAAUUAGGGGAAGAGCUCAAAAGCAAGCUAGAUGGCAGUUCUGAAGGAUUGACCGAGCUCAAGCAGCUGCUGGAGGGCCUCGCACUCACAGCCGAGAGCUUCAGCACCGUCGAAAGCAUCAAGGAGCUGACAGAUCUCAUCAAUCGCGAGUUUGAACGGGCCCGAGGUGAGGAAGAUGCCGGCAGACUUGAGAAGGAAGAGCGUGACGCGGCUGCGAUGGUCAAGCAUGACGAAACCCGCGCUGCGAUCAUCGUUGAACUCACCACCAAGAUAGACGAUAAGAUUGCUGAGGUCCUUGCAAAAUAUGAGGAUGCACAUGCUUCUCUCCAUGCGAAGCUAUCCGAGAGCGAAGAGCGUGAUCUAGCACAAACCGAGGCUGUGGCCAGUACGAAGAGCCUCGCAGAAGAGCUCAAGCUCGUCAUCGGCGAGAUGGGCACCAGUGUCACCGAAACCUGCGAGCGGAUUGGCGUUGACACCAAGGCCCUUUUUGAGAAGGUAGACGAGUCGUACAACCGCAUGGAGGAGAUGCAGAAUCAGACCAAGUCGGAACAGGAACAGGCUCGCAGCGAGACCCAGCGAGCCACCGCCGCCACCGAACGUGUGGAGAGCAAGCUGCUCGAGUUUCACCCUCAGAUCCUUGAGGCUGUGAAUGAGAUUCUUACCACCGUCAAUCGCCACUACGACCAUUCACAGAAAUCUAGCGAGGAGUUUCGAUCUGAGCUAUCUGCUUUGCCAAGUACUUUUCCGUCAAUGCUGCCUGCCUUGCCCCCUGCAGAAUCAGAUGACCCCAUUCAAUCCAAGCUUAACGAUAUCCUAGAAAAUACCAAAAACAGCCAGGUACAAGAGGUUCUCAACACCCUCUUGGAUCACUCUAAAAAUGACCAACUCCAUGCCAAGCUCGAUCGACUCCUAGAGCGAGGCUCGGGCAAUGAGGAAAUUUACGAGAAGCUGAACCAGCUCCUUGACCACGUUACAAACAGUAACAACUCUGUCCAUGACAAGCUUGACGCUUUACUGGAACGUCCUGUUCCUGUCUUGGAUCCGGAUCACUCCGUCACCCAGAUGAUGAAACUGGAUGAGAUGCACAAAGACAUCAUGGAGAAUACCCGCCGCAUGAAUGAAAUGUUCGCGGUCCAAUCGGCUCUGGUCGCAGAGGACACGGAGCGCAAACGUCGUGAGGCAGAAGAUGCGGCCAUUGCCUUGGAGCGUCGCAAUGCCCAACGAGAGCAAGUCGAGGCCGAGAUUAUCGGACUCCAUGAAGAGAAGGAUUCUCUUUUGAAGAUGAUUCAUUCGCUGAAAGCUGAGAAAGACGAACUUGUUAAGCAGCACACAAAGCUCAACAAGGAGGUGUCGGGGCUUGAGACUGCUUUGGAAAUCCGCCACGAAGAGAUGCAGCAGAUGGAGGAACGGGCUGAUGGGUUGGAGAAACGUAUUUUGGAGGGUGUUCUCGACCACGCCCGGACCAUCCUGCUCAGUCGCUCUGGUACAGGGCACGCCGUGGGUCUUCGACGUAAUCGCAGCACACGAUCUUCCCGUGCUCGCGCACGCAGCCCUAGCGUGAUCAGCACGACCAGCACUGCGCGUGACUCCAGAGAUGCGCGCAGCCUUCUCGGAAACGGUGUGGGCAUGGCUUUGAAACGUCGGACGCCCGCAACCUCACAGGUGGGCUAUGCACCUACUCAACCAAACAUUGGUAAGGAGCGUCGAAUUCUAAGUCUCAGUCAUGUCAUGGGAAAUCGGGGCCCCGAUCGCCAAGUCAGUGCCAACAGCGGCAUUACCAGUCUGAAGCGCAGCCACUCGGUCAAAUCCAACUUUUCGCUCCGCAAGACCUCCAUGCCCAAUCAUCCCUCUGUUUCAAACAAGGAAAAUGAGGCAUUCCCCGAGGAGGAUGAGGGCGACAGCGAAAUUGAGAGCCACGUGGGGACUGAGCGCCGAUCAAGCUAUGCACCGACAGAUCGCAAGACUUCCUACGCCGAAACAUGUACCGACAGCAUGUGCAGUGGACCAACCGAAAGCGUUCUCUCACGAGGACGACGCCCGAGUGGAAUGAGUAUUGGUAGCGCUGAUAUCAGUCCGAAUGAGGAGCACGAUCAAGAAGCCCCAAGCUUCAUUGCUGGUGAUGACCAACACUACACCUCGAUCAGCCAGAUGGAAUCUGACGACGGAGAGGACGCUCGAACUGCCCGUGAAGACGACGCAGAGGACCACGAAGAAAAUGCAAAAUAUUCCGAGUCCGUUGAGGUGCAAGAUGCCGCUCAUCAAGCAGACUUGGAAGCUGAAGUUCUGAACAUGCUGGAGCCCGCUGCCGAGCCACCUGUUAGCGUUGCAUGA